AUGGCGAUGGCGACGGUGCGGCACCGUGCGGUGUGUGUCCUGGCGGUCCUUGCGCUGCUGUGCGGCUGCCUCUCCUCCGCGUGGGGGGAGGUAGGUCCAACUAUUCCUGCUGCCGUUGUGGAAGAAGUAUGGUUGCAGGUGGAGGUGGCUUGUGAGCGGACUGAGGGAAAUUUAAAAUGGCGCUUUUCUGGAGAGACGGGUUGGCAAACUUGUGCGCCUGUCGCCGAAGCGAAUGUGGAAUCGCCAAAAGAUACUUGCGGAUGGCUGUGCGAUAGCGCUGAUGCUCUGUACAACGGUUCAAACUGUACCGAUGCGUGUGUUACCAGGAGUGAUGCCGUUGCGUUCACGAUGCAAUUUGCAAGAAGGGAUGGCAAACAGGUGUGCAACCGCUCAGUACCAGCAAACAGCGCUGGCACUUUCUCUUCUGUUACGUCAGGUGUUUGCAAUAAAAAAGCUGCGGAUCAAACAACAACCCAAAAGUCUGCUCUGGAACCUGCUGCUAGACCAUCAACACCAGCGGCAAACUCACAGGAGAAGGCCCCGGGGGAGAACGGCCCAGUGAGCAGUACACCAUUGAAAGGGCUGGCGAAAGAUGGUGGUGGCCCACAGCGCGAGGAAAAGGAGACAACUGACCAGCGGGGUAAGCAGCAGGUGGCUCGUGGAAAUGCCGUUCAGAGCGGGCAGAUUGGCAAAGUGCCCCAAAGCCGUGAAGAGGUCGAGCGUGCUGAGGAGGAGGUUAAGAGUGAUAUUGAGCCCAGCAGCGGCGCAGCUCCCACAGUCGAGCCUCCAGCAGCCUCUGCCCCUCUGCCUACCGGCGCUCCACCAACAAUCCCCGGAUCCCUUCCUUCAAGUAGCCAGUCUUUAUAUGACGUUGGCAACGAACACCAGACUGCUGAGGGCGCUCUUUUCCGUGCAGGUGGGGACACCAACGAUACUCCAACCAGGCCGGCCGCAGAAUCACAAGCGGGAGGUGAUCCGGCGCAAAGUGACGCUCACGGUUCCCCGGGGGAAACGAAUGCGGCGAGUGGCAGGGAGCAAGAAGGGGGUGCUGAGCGCCAGAAGAAGACGGAGCACGACACCAGCAAGUCAACAGGCCUUGCGCAGUCCGUUGCUGGCGCCGCACAGGCUUUGGUGCACAAUACCACCAUCAAGAGCAGCGCCACUGGGAACAUUGUGACCAAUUCUUCCGACGGCAGCUACACCACCACGCCGUUUGUGCCCACAUCGCUUCUGCUGCUGCUGCUCGUGGCUGCCCUUGCCUGCGCUACUGGGUAA